GUCAUGAGGGACGCUUUGCUAGCUUUCGCUCUGUUCCUGGCAGUGGUUUUGGUGGAUUCACAAGGUGUCGCAACUCUGAAUCGAACUCGAAGACCUGGUACGAAAAAGCCUGGAAAACGGCAACCGGAGUGUGGAAUUCGGCGGGUGUCCACGCGAGCAUUGAUCGUCGGAGGUACGGCUACGGUUCCCGGUGAGUGGCCCUGGCAUACGGCCGUGUACCACGUUCGCGAUGGAGGUCGCGUGCGGGAUUACACAUGCGGAGGAACGCUGAUUAACGAAAGCUUCGUGCUGACCACGGCUUCCUGUGCGAGACACGGUGUUAAUAAGUCGGAAGGAGCGAUCAUCGUCGAGCUAGGUCAGUACAACUUGAAGGAAUCAUUCGCUCACAAGCUAGAGAUUCCAGUGAUUCGGGCAAUCGUCCACGAACAGUACGUCCCCGGUGAACACAAGUACGAUCUGGGAAUUCUACAGCUCAAAACCUCCGUCAACUACACGGAUUACAUCCAACCCGCCUGUCUACCGAAGGAAAGUGAGAAAAUUGAACAAUACGAUGAACAAGUCGGGACGAUCGUGGGCUGGGGAUUCGAGCAGGCCGGUACACUCUCGGAUCGGCUGCAGAGCGCUCGAGUGCCGGUAAUUCCGGUCCUCGACUGCCUCCAGAGUGACGUGGAUUUCUUCGCGUACGAGAUCUAUCCCGGAAUGUACUGCGCUGGACUGCGAAACGGAACGGCACCCUGUUUCGGCGACGCCGGUGGUGGCAUGUUCAUCAGUGCCGGACGAACUUGGACCCUGCGUGGGAUCAUCUCGUUCACCAGCCGGGUCUACACGGUGACGGGCGGCUGCAACACCGAGCAGUACUUUGGGCUGGUAAACGUGGUCCACUUUCUACCCUGGAUCGAAGAUACGAUCGCCGGUUUGGUUCGCCAGCGCAAGCCGUAGCCGGAAUGAUCGAUCGAUCGUGUUUUGACGCGUCGCCGUCGUCGUCUCCGGGGGAUUGUUCGUACCACCAACCGUGCGAGCGGAUAAGAUCGCAAAGGCACACAGAGAGAGAGAGAGCCUUUUGUUCUCUCGCUGCACUCUAAACUAAUAACAACAAUAUUUUGAUUACAAUCCAUUUUGGAAGCAAAAGGCAAGAUUUAAAGCGAAUUAUUGUUAUUUAUCCGCUUUGGA